AUGACGAAGAAACCAUUUGAAGAGUUCGAGGACCUGGAGGACCGUGCUAUGGAGUCGCUGCCAUAUUUGGCAAGUGAUGAGAAGGGCGCAAACUUUAGGGACCCAGUAACAUUGGGUGCAAACUCCGAUGCCCCGGAAGUACACGGAACUGUCAAACCAUGGGUUCAUUUUGUUGCUGGUGGUAUUGGUGGUAUGGCAGGUGCCGUCGUCACAUGCCCAUUCGAUCUUGUCAAAACGCGGUUGCAAAGUGAUAUAUACCAAUCGAUAUACCAGUCGAAAGCUGUGCCUGCGGGCAAUCAGCAGAUGAGUAUUGUGAGACAGUCUAUGAUCCACUUCAAAGAGACGGUUGGAAUAUUAACGAACGUUUAUAAACUGGAAGGAUUUAGGAGUCUUUUCAAAGGGCUGGGUCCGAAUCUGGUGGGUGUCAUACCGGCCAGAAGUAUUAAUUUCUUUACCUAUGGAACUACAAAGGAAUUGUAUUCAAGGUCUUUUAAUAAUGGCCACGAGGCACCAUGGAUUCACCUACUAGCGGCAGCCACUGCUGGUAUUACGACAUCAACAGCGACGAAUCCCAUCUGGCUGAUCAAAACAAGAGUACAACUAGAUAAAGCUGGUACAACAAGGCAGUAUAAAAACUCAUGGGAUUGCUUAAAGAGUGUCAUCAAGACUGAGGGUAUUUAUGGGCUAUACAGAGGGUUGAGUGCCUCGUACUUAGGGUCGGUGGAGAGUAUAUUACAGUGGUUGUUGUAUGAGCAAAUGAGACAUUUGAUCAAGCAACGGUCCAUAGAGAAGUUUGGACACGCCAACGACGGCUUGAAAUCUACUUCCGACAAAGUCAAGGAAUGGUGCCAGCGGUCCGGAAGUGCAGGUCUCGCCAAAUUUUGCGCCAGCAUAAUCACAUACCCCCACGAAGUAGUGAGAACGAGGUUGCGGCAAAUGCCAAUGGAGAAUGGGAAACUAAAAUAUACUGGUUUAGUUCAAAGUUUCAAAGUCAUUCUCAAAGAGGAAGGUUUUGCAUCAAUGUACAGUGGGCUGACGCCUCACCUAAUGAGAACUGUUCCAAAUAGCAUAAUUAUGUUUGGAACCUGGGAGCUGGUAAUCAAACUGCUUUCAUAA